ACUAAUUUAUGCAAAAUAUCAGCUCAUCUCAUCAUCUAAAGUCGCUCACUAACAACUUCCAGUUUCUUCAAAAUGGCCGCCAUCUCCUCAUUGACCGUGUUCCUGCUCUUCGGUACAAUUUGUGCCGUAUACUCACAGUAUUACAACAACAAUUACAUGAGUGCCCGGCAGUACGGUGGUGGAUCGGGAUCGCAGCAAUACGGAAGCAGUGGCGGAAGUGGUCAAUACAAUGCCGGAGGAAGUGGACAAUAUAAUUCCGGUGGUGGCCAGUACAACGGCGGCGGCGGAAGCGGCGGAUACAACGGUCAAGGGCGGGGCUUUGGCGGCACGGAUCUGUAUAUGCCUGACUAUCGCGAUGUGGCUCAGCAGUGGAUCCGCUACAAUGGACUUCUGGGUAAUCCCAAUCCGGGUUGGUACAGUCAGAUCUAUGGCAGUGGUGGAUCGCAGCAGUACUCCGGAAAUGGUGGACAGUACAACUCCGGAGGAUCAGGAGGGCAAUAUAAUUCCGGAGGGUCUGGACAGUACAACGCUGGCGGAUCGGGGCAGUAUAAUUCGGGAAGCGGUCAGCGUGGAAACCAGUACGGUGGAAGCAAUGGACGAUAUUAGUUUUGCUAGUGCCUGUCUGCAACUGCUUAAUUCUAACAGAUUUUUAUAUGCUGCUUGAGUCGCUGCGCUUUUUUUUAGUAACUUAAACGGUGAAUCUUUAUACGAUUUACUUUGUUCUUACGUACAAGUUACAGCACGAAAAAAAACAUUGGCGACUGUCAGUUUGAACUGGAGUAAAAAGCAGUGUGAGUUCGUGUUGGAUGGUUU